AUGUAUCUGAACAUAUCUGAGGAUCACCAAAUUAUGAAGCCUGAUUACGCGAGAUCUCUUUUGAACAUCUUGGAAACUGACGCUUCGGCAAGCACAAUCGAUGACGUUGUGCAGAUCAGCGAUGGUUGUUCGAAAUGCGACACGAUAAUCAAUAUCCUGAUGGAAGGUUUGAGAAAGCCCUUAUUAAUAAAAAGCGGGGAAUUCAACCUCAGGACCGUACAUGUCGAAAAGGAUAAAAAUUCUCGGACAGCUUCCCGGUACUCUAGUCACAUGCAGUUCGUGAUACUUUUGGUGAAUGAUUUGGAAGAAUCUUUCUGGCAUUUUGCAGAACUUCGACAGCGGCGUACUUGGAAUCCAAGAGCAAAACAUCUAAUCGUGACCCUGACAAAACCAAGUAAAAAACAGUUGCAGUUGUUUUUUGAAGAAUGUUGGAAGUACCAAGUUAUUAACGUCGGAGUGACAAUUUACAACAGUAGAAAUGGCUACACGUAUAAUCCAUACUUGAAAAAGCUUCCAUUCGAAAAAGUGAACUUGUCAAAUUUAUUUUAUGACAAACUCCGGAAUAUGAACGGCCAUCCCAUCCGGAUAAAGUAUAUUCCAAACGUAUCGAGGAACAUAGCAAAGUGGAUUCCCGAAGAAAAUAGAUUUCAUCAUUUUGGUAUAAAUUGGGGACACAACGAGGCUUUUAUCAGAAGUGUUAAUGCAAAACCAGAAUAUUUGAAUCUUACUAACGAAGAGAUUCGGCUCUUCGCGAAUUUUUCUUACCGUAUGGCACGUUUGAGCAAUACCAAUUUUGAUGGCGCUGAAUUGUGGUUUAAUACCAUGGGAAGUCAUUUCAAUUUACAGCAACGAACCGAAAAGCUGUAUCCAUACGGUUUCGACGGUUUAUACGUCAUCUCUCCGAAAAGUGGUCUCAAAAUACCAAACAUAUUCAAGCCAUUGGGCUUAGUGACUUGGAUCUUCGUUUUGGGUAGCUAUUUGAGUAACAGUAUUUACACUAAAAUUAUUUACAAACUUCGAAAUAUCGACGACGAUUCGUUCUUCGUAUCUUUGGGCAUUUUUUUGGGGCAACACUUUCCCGAAAAAAAUCUCCAAGCCAGAGAUAAAGGUGCGUCGAUCUUGUGGUCAGCUUUUUCUCUACUGGUACUGAGUGCCUACCAGGGAGCUUUGUACAGCGCGCUUGCAACCGUUUCUUAUUACCCAGAGAUAAAUACCUUGGAAGAUGUAUUUCAACGAACCGAUACAAUUUAUACUUACGAAUCUCUAAAACGAAUGAUCGUAACACCUAUGCCGCCAGGGGUAAAACUGGUUUCGUUGGGUUUGACGUCCUACUCCGAUUUCAUGCGUAAAAAUCCGGAUUGCUUUUACAUGUUUACUCGGAAUUUAGCCGAUUUUUCUGUGAAGCGAAAGAUUUAUUUUCGAGAUGGGGUGCCCUUUUUCCAUUUAACUCAAGAGUGUUUCCUUCCGACGCACAUGGCAUAUCACGUACCAUACGGGUCACCUUAUUUCGAUAAGGUUAAUCGAGUGAUUCAAGCUUGCACGGAAGGUGGUCUUGACCAAUACUGGAGUGCUGAUACUGACCACGAAACUAUUUUGAAUGGAGAGAUCGCUGUCUCCGAAGAUCAGAGUAAAAUACGUAAAAAAUUGUCAUUACGAACGGAGAGCUUGGCUUUUUACAUUUGGGCCGCAGGAUUGAUUAUAAGUUUGAUAUGUUGCGUUUACGAGGUUCGCCGCGCUCGAAUAGAGAUACGAAAUAAAAGUGUUAAUAGUUUGCAGUCAGUAAAUUAA